AUGAGGCCCACCAUGCAAAGACGGGCAAGCCUCUCAGCCAACAUGAAGUUUAGGGCCUGUCAGAAGUGCUGCAGGACUGCCGGCAACGUGGACCUCCUCCUCCCCUUCUCUCAGGAGAAGCUGGUCAAGCCGUGGAGCUCCAUGGACAAUUUGGCCGACUGGGCCCAGGACAGCGACGACCUUUCCCACCCGUCGAAUCCGAAUUUCUUGACCCUCAAUGUUGGAGGCCAACACUUCCAUGUCUCCAUCCGAGUGGCGGCCAAAUACCCCCUCACCAGGAUUGGGCAACUGGCCACCUGCGCGGAUCCCGUGAAGAAGCUGGAGCUGUGCGACGACUACUCGGUGCUGAAGAACGAGUACUUCUUCGACCGAGACCCUCUCGUCUUCCACUACGUCUUCCACUUCUACCGCAGCGGAGUCAUGUGGGUCCUGACCGAGUUCUGCUCGGCCAACUUCCUGGAGGAGAUCGAGUACUGGGGCGUCCACAUGAAGUACACCCAGCGCUGCUGCCGGAUCCUCUUUGAGGAGAAGCACGACGAGAUGGUGGAGUAUCUGAAGAUCCAGCGAGAGCUGGAGGCCGAACUGGAGACCGUUGAGAAGGAAGAACAUUUUGAGGGCAAGUUCAUGGGCCAGUUCCGGAAGGCCAUCUGGAACCUGAUCGAGAACCCGUACUCCUCGGUCCUGGCUAAGAUCACGGCCCUCUUGUCCAGCCUGUUCGUGCUGUUCUCGGUGGUGGGGAUGACCCUCAGCACCGUGAAGGAGAUGCAGGACAAGACCAGCAAGCAGUGCAUGGAGCACCUGGAGACCGUCUGCGCCGUCUUCUUCACCCUGGAGUACCUCAUGCGGCUGGUCUCCACCUCCACCCUCCGGCAGUUCUUCCGGGCGGCCUUCAGCGCCAUCGAUCUGGUGUCCAUCCUGCCCUUCUACGUCCAGAUCGUCUUCGAGUGCCUGGUCGAGGACGACUCCGAAGACCACGAGGAGCUGCACAAGAUGCGCAACGUGGGGAAGCUGGGCAAGGUCCUCAAGCUGAUCAAGCUGAUGCGGAUCUUCCGUAUCCUGAAGCUGGCCCGGCAUUCCACGGGGCUGAGGGCCUUCGGCUUCACCCUCCGGCAGUGCUGCCAGCCGGUCUGCUGCCUCCUGCUCUUCAUCGCCAUGGGCAUCUUCACCUUCUCCGCCCUCAUGCACUCCGUCGAGCAUGACGUGCCGAACACCAACUUCACCAGCAUCCCCAACACCUGGUGGUGGGCAGCAGUGAGCCUCUCCACCGUGGGCUACGGGGACACGGUGCCGGACACCUUCCUGGGCCGGGUGGUGGCCUUCGGCUGCAUUGCCUUCGGCAUCAUCCUCAACGGGAUGCCCAUCUCCAUCCUCUACAACCGGUUCUCCGACUACUACGCCAAGCUCAAGUCCCACGAGGACAAGACCGCCGUGGCCCUCAAGACCCCCCGCCAGGACGGCCUCCGGGAGAGGCUCCGGAAGAAGCUGGGCCAGUGCUGGGGCCCCGAGAGCAGCCGGGCAGGCCAGACCCCCGGCCGGUAG